AGCUGGCUGUACCGGCAGCGGGCCUCCGUUCUCUCCUGGUGUCUGAGCUGGUCGCGGUGUCACCAUGUCCCUGGCGGCCUCGGCGGGCAGGGGCCCGGGGACCCUGUGGUCCCCAACCCACGUGCAGGUGACGGUGCUGCAGGCGCGGGGUCUGCGGGCUAAGGGCCCCGGGGGAACGAGCGACGCGUACGCGGUGAUCCAGGUGGGCAAGGAGAAGUACGCCACCUCGGUGUCGGAGCGCAGCCUGGGCGCGCCGGUGUGGCGGGAGGAGGCCACCUUCGAGCUGCCGCCGCUGCUGGCGUCCGGGGCCGCACCCGCGGCCGCCGCCACCCUGCAGCUCACCGUGCUGCACCGCGCGCUGCUCGGCCUCGACAAGUUCCUGGGCCGCGCCGAGGUGGACCUGCGCGAGCUGCACCGGGACCAGGGCCGCAGGAAGAAGCAGUGGUAUACCUUAAGAUCUAAGCCAGGAAAGAAGGACAAAGAGCGUGGAGAAAUUGAGGUGGAUAUCCAGUUCAUGAGAAACAACAUGACUGCUAGCAUGUUUGACCUCUCAAUGAAAGACAAACCUCGGAACCCAUUUGGAAAACUGAAAGACAAGAUCAAAGGGAAGAAUAAGGAUAGUAUGUCUGAUACGGCCUCUGCCAUUGUCCCCAGUGUGACACCCUCCAUAGACAGUGAUGAUGAAUCUUUUUCAAAAGACAAGAAAAAGAAAUCAAAGAUCAAGACUUUGUUUUCCAAAUCGAAUUUGCAGAAAACACCGCUUUCCCAGUCUAUGUCUGUCCUGCCUACUUCAAAGCCAGACAAAGUGCUACUUCGGCCUGGAGACUUCCAGUCUCAGUGGGAGGAUGAUGACAAUGAAGACGAGUCCUCCUCCGCCUCAGACAUCAUGUCCCAAAAGAGAGCAGUGAGUGCGGAUCCGAAACAACUGAACCAAAUCAACUUCAGCCUUCCCAAGAAAGAAGGGUUGUCCUUUCUUGGGGGCCUUCGGUCCAAGAACGACUUCCUUUCCCGCUCUAACAUCUGUAUCAAUGGGAACCAUGUUUACCUGGAGCAACCAGAGGCCAAGAGUGAAACCAAGGACAGUAGUCCAUCUAAUUCCCCAUCACCCCAGGGCUUCCGGAAGAAGCAUUUGUUCUCCUCCACUGAAAACCUUGCCAUACGGUCUUGGAAGGAGGCUGGGGAAGGUGACAGCACCUCUUCAGACAGGCGGCUGUCUGAGACCUCCACCAAGGGCUCUCCAAAGUCCACGGACUCGCUGAAGUCCAUGUCUCUGCCAUCCUACCGUCCUCUGGCCAGUGGGGACAUUAGGGAAAACAUGGCUCCAGUGAACUUGGAGGUUGUCAGAGAAACCAAAGAUAGCAAAAAACCAGAGAGCAAGAAAUCCUCUUUGCUUUCUCUGGUGACAGGAAAGAAGGAUGUAGUGAAGGGCAGUGAAAGUGAAAGCCCUCAUGCUGUCCCCUCCAAGGAGAAGGAAGGCAUGCUUGUAGAAGCCCAGCCCAAGGAGGAAGACCCGGUGAGAAGGUCGGAGAAAGAUGCUGCAGAUGUUGCCUCCAGACAGGGCAAUUCCCUCAACCCCUUUGAAGACGUGCAGAUCUCAGAGCCAGAAGUGGGACAGGAGACCACGUGUGAACCAAAGCCACCCAUUCCUUCUGCGAGGGCUCCGCAGACCAAAGCUGUGAAGCCUCGACUGGAAGUGUCUCCAGAGGCUCAAUCUAAAGCCAGGUUUCCUUCUUCCCCCAACUCUCCUCUUCUUUCCUCUGCUCUUCUUCCCAGCUCUGGUCAGACACUUGACCUUUCUGAAUUAGGACAUGGUUCAGAGACAGACUCCUCUGAAAGUCCCUCUGUCUCCUCAUCUUUCUCAUCCCCCAUUACAGCUCCUAUUUCUACAUCCACUCCAAUUGAACACUGGGCCCCCACGGGCGAGGGCCAGAUCAGUUCUGAAGAACCACCUUUGCUCCUUAAGGCAGGCUGGCAAAAGGAGAGUUCAGCACCAGUUCCAAACACUGGCUCCUCUGCGUUGGGAUCACUUUGCAAACAGACACCCAUCGCAGUGUGGGAAAAGACAGGAGAUUCUCCAAGGAGCAGGAACAGUGAGUCUGACCUGGUAAGGGAAGCUAGCAGUGAUGAAUCAGGAAAUCAUCUUCAGGAGCAGCAAGAGGCUCUGAGGGUUUCCUGUCAAGAACAAGAGGACUGUGUCCACUGCCCUGAAGAGGCUCACAGAGCACCAUUUGCUGUUUUCCUCAGCAGUGGCACAAUCACAGGUCUUUCCCAGAAGUCUGUAGCUGAGGGAGAUAUAGACGUUGGAAAUCAGUCUAGAUCUUUGAGGGAGAACAGAGUUAGGGGUGGUGGAUUGACUCCUAUAGUCAAAGAAUUAGCAUCUCCCCUUCAGGUGGAAGAAGUAGCCCUCCCAUUGGACACCAUGACACAGAAACAUGAAGAGAUGGAUCUGAACACCAGUGAGGCUCCAAAGAAAGUAAAAAAGCGUGUGUCCUUUUCUGAGCAGCUCUUUACACAAGAGGAGGUGGAGAAACCCACAGGAUUAGGAGCAGAAGACAAAAGGCAUCCCCAGAAGUUGGCCUGUGAGGAGGCUGUCCCGGGAACCACAUCUAGUAUGGAGUCCCUCAGCCUUCCUCACACAGAUGAUACAGAGAAGGAGCCUGUGGACACAGAAGAUCAGCUCCUCAUCCCCUCUCAUGAGGAGAGCUCCCAAGACCCCACGAGUGAAGCAAGCUCAGUAAAAGGCAGCCUACUUUUCCAGAUAGAAGGGGAUAAUACCCUCACAGCUCAGUAUCAGAGCAAAGCCAGCGAUCACGAAGGCCUAUUGUCUGAUCCCCUGAGUGGUCUUCCAUCUGCCUCUGAUGUGAAACCUCCCCCUAUGGCUGAUCUGAACUUGUCCCUUCCUUCCAUUCCUGAAGUGGCCUCAGAUGAUGAAAGAGUAGAUGAGGUUGAAGGUAUGAGGGAGACAGCAAAGCCAAGAGUGCCAGAAGUAGAAGCUCCAUACUUCGGUGGGUCUCCUCCCUUUCCUGCGGAGGCAGGGGGGCUGAAUGGUGGGGUGUCUGGGUCUUCUUCCAAAGAGAAUCUGCUUGUCCUAAGGCUACAAGCCUCCAAAGCAGACAGCAGACUGUCUGUAGAGCAGACAGUAGCUUUGGGAAUUCAUAAAUCACAUCUUGACAUAGAUGAGCAGCUGCCAGGCCCUGAUACUUGUGAAGAAACAAAGGCCAAGGAAAGUGGGAUGCCGAGUCAGCCUGCUGGCUCAUCUCUGGACUCUCCUGUACUCAGCCCCUCCCUCUCUGAGACCUUUCCUGCUACACAUUCUUUCCCCAGCUCUCCACAUUCCCACACUCACCACACCAUUGCAGCAGAAUCUCAAAAACAAGCAACAGCAGAGGGCUCCGCUGCUAAAGUUGACAAUUUUGGCAAGAGGAAGCCGCUUCUUCAGGCCUGGGUCUCACCCUCAGAAACACAUCCAGUCUCAGCUCAGCCAAGCACAGGAACGGGGGCAGCCAAGCACAGACUCCAGCCUGUGAAACCAAUGAAUACAACAGCCACCAAGAUCACCAACUCCAGUUUGGGAACUGCCACCAUCAUCAGUGAGAACCUCAUCAAUGAAGCAAUGAUGAAGAAAUACAACCCUUCAGACCCUGCCUUUGCCUAUGCACAGCUGACUCAUGAAGAGCUGAUCCAGCUGGUCCUCAAACAGAAGGAAACCAUAAGUAAGAAGGAGUUCCAGGUCCGAGAGCUGGAAGACUACAUUGACAAUCUGCUAGUCCGGGUCAUGGAAGAAACUCCUAACAUCCUUCGCGUUCCGGCUCAGGUUGGCAAAAAAGCAGGAAAAAUUUGAAUCACCAGAACCAAACACCUAGAUGGUUUUGUGAGCCUGUUUCUACCAGCACUUGAUAUCAGGCCUUGGACUGUCUCAUAACCAGCCAACAGACAGCCUACCAGUCACCAUCUCCCUUGCAUCUUAUCUGGAGAGAGUUAAUUCUACCAGCUGAAGUCAGAUUAAUUGUUACAACAAAUCUUUUAUUGUAUAUUCCCAGGGUUUUAGUUUUAAAUGCCACUGUGCCUUUAAUUGGGUUAGAAGUACUUUAUGCCCACCAGAGAUAUAGUCAAUAAGAACUGAUCCUGAGCCAGAGGUUCGGAUGGUACCAGAAGUACUGAUAUUUUAACACUGAAGUGAUUAUUCUUCCAUAAUGAAACUUUUUGAAUACUAAUCUCCAGCCAUUAAAAUUUAGAAUGAAAUGAGAAAGUGCCCCUGAAUUUGGUGCUGAGUUUUGCCUACUUUCUUGUUCUUUGAGCAGCUCAAGUAUGUGACUUUUCUGCUGUAGAUUUAAAUUUUUGAUACCAAAUAAAUUGACUAGGCUUC